AUGGAGAUGGAGUACGAUAUUGAACUAGAGAAUAUGCCCGAGGAAGAAAGCGAACCUAUAUCCUCAAGAAUUGAUUUUUGUGGAAUCAACUCAAAGAUUGCUGGAUCAUGUAAUUGUUAUAAGUUCACCAAGGAUAAUAUUCUUGGAGAAGGUCAAGGAAUUUUCUUUUCCAUUAUUGGGACGGCGGGGGUUGGAAAGACAACUCUAGCUAAAAAAUUAUUUGACGAUCCAUCGAUUCAGAUACAUUUUGUGCUUCGAGCAUGGGUUAAAGUGAGCAGAAAAUGUGAAUACAAUGAAAUAUUACGAUGCAUUCUAGCUCAACUGGAUCCCAGCAUUCGCCAUCAAAUGCUUACCCAAGGAGAGGACGACCAUGACUUUGAGAAAUUAGUUGGAGUCUUGGAAGAGAGAUUGAAGAAUAACAAGUGUCUAAUUGUGAUGAAUGAUGUAUGGGAAUGGGACAGACGACUAAUGGAUAGAUUUCCAAAAGAGAAUGUCCGAAUUUGGUUACAAGCAGGCUUAGAAUGA